AUCAAAUUUUCUCUUUUACCUUAUAUUACGCAUAAUUAAAAGCACCAUAUUUAUUAGAAUAAAUAAAUGUUAACGUUACUUAGAUAAAUAUAAUCAACGAGAAAAUAUGGUGAUCUUUGUGUAAUUUGUAUUUUUGGGCUAAAAGCGUACGUGAACUUCUUUGUAUAUAUGUUCGAUAAUUGAGUAACGUUAUUUACGAAGAAGAAAGAUUUUGCUAGCCAAUUAUUGCUCGCGUGUUUACGUUUGGAAAAUACCCAAUGUCAAAUGUAAAAGAAUAGAAUUGUUCUUUGAUUAGAAUUACAUAGUAUAUUCAAACGGAAUGUAUUAUGUGAUCACAAGAUGCAAUGUGUGUUCGUUAAUAGACUAAGUUUAUAAUAUAAUUAUGAGAUUAUUUUUAAAAUGUGAUUCAUAAUUCAUUUCUGAAGAGCACUGUUGUCUACGUUGACAAUAAGCGAAACAAGUUAAAACAUGCAUCGAUGGUUUGUCAAGUAAACACACGGAUCUGUCAUUUUGCUAUGAAAAGUUUUCAUCAUGGAAGAUUUAAAAUACAAAUUCUUGAGUUUUAUUAAUAAGCAGAACACAACCAAAGUUCCUUAUAUGGGUUUAAAUCAGGAUUUCUUAGGAACGCCACUACAGAAAUAUGAAGAUUUACAAUCUGAAGCUGGACAGUCCAUUGAAAGUGAACAUGUUCCUGAUCAAGAGAUAUUGGAAUCUAUAGAAAAUAUUUAUUUUAGGAAAGAUGAAGACUUUGAUCCUAGUAGACAUGAAUUAGAAAAGCAACCAAGAAUAUUCCAAUCAAAGGAUAUAGAAAAACGUUACAAGAAGCUUAAACAACAGCAUCAAAUUGUGUCCAAAAAAUUACUGCAAUUAAUUCUGCAAAAACAAAGUGCGUGUGAAGAAGAAUUUGAUAAUAUUUUAGUUAUACAAGACCAACUUCAGAAUAUGUUAGCAAUAUGUAGAAUGGGAAGAAAGGAUCUGAAAGUAGCUAAGGAACAGUUUACAAAAGCUAUUUUGGGAAUAUUAGCGAAUUAUAAGAAACGUCAAGUCAUCGAAAAAUUAUUAAAAAAUGUAGAUACUAUAAAAGGUCUUCAACGUAUGGGAGAUCAGCUCAAAGAACUUUUGAGUAAAAAAAAUUAUCCGGACGCAAUUUCCCUACUUUUAAAAUGUCGAAGAGAUGCCCAGACAUACAAACACUUCAAAUGCAUUGCUGCUUUAAAUGGAAAAUUACAAGACAUUUUGGAACAAACUGAAAGGACUUUAGAUGAUACUCUUUCUAAAAUGUGUACGGACUUUGAUAAUAUUGUAUAUACUUCUAUACAAGAAGCUUAUAUGUUAUUAGGAAAGACACAGACAGCAGUGGAUCAAAUGAAUUUGCAUUUUACUGCUGCCAUUCAUAAUACAGCAUCUGGUGUUAUUCGUUCAUACACUGAAAAGGAUACACAGAGACAUUAUAUACAACUAUGUCAAUCUGUACCAAAAGAUAGAUGUGUUGCUUGCUUAAUAGAACUUUGUACGUCACUAUGGAACAUACUGAUCUCCUAUUGCAGAGUUAUUUGUUGGCAUAAUAAACAUGAAGAUAGUAAAAAAAGUAAUUCAGAUGAAAAAGAUUUUGAAAAAAUGUUUAGUAAUCAAUAUGUCAAGCAUAAGUUAGAAAAUAGUAUUAUGCGAAUGUGGUCAGAAGUAGAAGCACAAAUAUCAAUGUAUUUAUCAAAUGCUGACUUGGUAUAUAUUAAAUUCGAACAGUUUGUACAUGUCUUAGGAAUAGUUAAUCGUUUAAUGGAACUCGGAGAAUUGUCCGGUUAUAAAUUUGGAAGGUUGCAAGAAUCUAUGAAAAAACAAUCUCUAUUAUAUCUUUCACAUUAUAAUAUAUCUCGUUUGGAUGAACUUCGAAUAUUUCUUGAAUAUGAUGGAUGGGAAUUGUGUCCUGUGAAACCAGAUUUUGUUGCAACUGAAUUGCAAGAAUUCAAAAGUUUAAAACCUAUAUUAAACAAAUCUAAAGUAUGCAAUGGUUUGGACACUUCUAUCACGAGUGAAAUUGAAGCUCCUGUAGGCAUAGAAUUGUUGUUACAAAAGUAUCUAGAAUAUGGUACAUCACCUUUUACUGUUGGACUCGAUGACACUAUGGAAGAAGAUAUUUUAGCUCAUAAUGAGGAUUUUUCUGAUGAUUCUGAUGAUGAUGAAUUAAAACGCGAAUAUGUUGAUGAAUCAGAACAUACCAAAGUAAAUAAAAAGAAGUAUAAACAUAAACACAGUGGACCAAUGGUCACAAAUACAACUUUAACCAUUUUGAGAGUGUGUGGAAAAUAUUUGCAAACGUCAAGGCUUUUAAGAUCAAUUGCAGUUGCAGUUAUACAAAGUAUGAUCCAAUUUUUUGAAAUUUAUUUCUACACAGUGCAUUUAUUUUUCACUGCUGAUCUUCAAAUAAACAGUGAAUCUAUGUAUAGUCCACGCUUGAAAUUAUUACUUAAUCGCAUAAAAGACAACUUAAUAAUUAAUGAAAAUGAUACAGAUGAUAAUACAAAUUCUAAUUGUAAUAAUAAAGUGAGGCAGCCACAUUUGUCUUCUAGCGUAACUUUGACACAACCUGAAAACCUUUAUGGAUUAACUGAACGUAUUGUAGCUGUUGAAUCAUUAAUAUUUUUAGGACAACAGUAUGAAAACCUAAAACCUUAUUUAGAGCAUCUCCUUGGGAGUAGUCCACAAAGAGGAUUUUUACAUCAUUUUUAUGCACAUACAAUUGUAUGUACUACUGAUUUAAGAAAACCUGUUUAUAUGGCAGUAGUAUCCCAAGCAUUUGAUAUUGCCAAUAUUUUAAAUUUAAUGAAUAAAGUCAAUUGGGAAGUAACAGAUGUCAUGUCUCAGCAUAGUAAUUAUAUUGACACUUUAUUGGAGGAGAUAAAUAUAUUAAAUAAAAAAUUAAAUAACAUCGCAAACUUUAUUCCUCUGUCUGAUGAAGUUCAUGCUUCUAUAUGGGAAAAUGUUGCACAUUUAAUUACGCAUACUUUGGUAGAAGGCUUCUCCAGUGCAAAAAAGUGCACGAAUGGAGGAAGAGCGUUAAUGCAACUUGAUUUUACGCAAUUAAAAUCAAAGUUUGAAGAAUUAUCAUCAACUUUAAAACCAAUGCCACAUAAAAAUUAUGUAGAAUCGUAUAUUAAAGCUUAUUAUUAUCCAGAAAAUAGUUUGGAAGAAUGGAUCAAAGAGCAUAAGGAAUACUCAGUAAAACAUUUAAUAGGAUUGAUUUCUUCAGCCUGUCAAAAUAACAAAAAAACACGUCAGCGCUUAAUUGCCAGUGUAGAUAAUGAACAAAGACCUUGUAGAUAGCAUCAAAUAAUACAUUAUAGUACGGCGCAAGAUUUUGUUGAAAUAGAGAUUAUUUAAAAAAGAUCUGAAUGAGAAGGCGUUUUUUAUUAUUUUUAUUUUUUUGUUGUUAUUAAUCAUUUAAGUAAAUAGACUAAUAUGAAUCUCUGUAAUACAAAAAACAAAUAUUUAACAUAAUAUUAUUUAUAUAAGGUAUUACGCUAACAAAAUGAUAAAUGCAUUGUAAUUAUAAUAUAAAAUAAUGGGAGCUUUUUAUUUAACUACAAAAAAAUAUUAAGACCCGAAAAAUUAAACAUUGAACUGAAAUAGAUCUUUGGAUACUCCACUGAUAUCAUAUAUGCACACGUAUAAGUGCAUAAUCCGAAUUUAUCAUUAACAGUUGCAGAAUCUUAAUGACUAUAAUGUGAAUCUCAAAAAAGACAUGUGAAUUCAUAGGAAAAAAUAUGUGGGUUACUUUUUCUCAAAUAUAAAGUUUAAUUAUACUAUAUAAUAAAUUAAGGUAACAGUGUUGUA